AUGUCUUAACAGAAAAAUCAAAAGAAUGUUGUUUUAUACAAUUAUGAACCUCAUCCUAAGACUAUGACUCAAUAGACUACCAAUAUUCAACAAUCUCAAAUAUAGCCUGAUGAUUCACCCUUUAAUGUUUCUAAAAUCUUGAAAGCGAAACAAUAACAAAGCAACAUCUUUCACCUUCCUUAAUAAGAACUUGUAGAUUACAGUAAAGUCACUCCAAAUCAACAUGCAGAAAGUAAGGAUUUAUAUAAAUACUAGAAAUACUGCCAUAUGACAUGUUCUGGUGGAAUAGUUAAAAUUUAAAAGAAAAUAAGAAAGCUGAUGUAAAUACUCCCAUAAUUCCUAAUGUUCAUAUGGUUUAAAGUAGACCUUAGACUGCUGUUUAAUAAAGAGCAAAUACAGAAUCAAGUUCCAAUAAUUAACAAUUAACUGAAUAAUAAUUCCUUCAAUUUUAAUAAUAGCAAUACUAAUUAUUUUUACAAUAAUAGCAACAAAUCAAACUUUAAUAAUAGUUAUAGCAAAUAGAUUAAUAGAAACAAUAAAUAAAUCAAUAAUAAGAAAAUCCAUAUAAUGUAAUUAAAGAACAUAACUAAAUGAUUGAAACUGCAUCAUUUGCUGGACAUGAUAAUAAUAAUAAUUAAGGAACAUUUGUAUAAUAAUAAUAAAAUAAAGAAUAACAAUAAAAUUAAUAAUUAUUAUCUAAUUAAUUAUAGAAUCCAGCAAAAGUGUACGAUAAAGUAAAUAAUCCAAAUGCUGAAUUAAAAUAAAAAAAUCCUAAUUUCUCUGAUGUUUUUGGGAAUGGUUUAGAAAAAUAUUAUUAAUAGAAACCAUAAUAAAAUAGUGGUAGAAAAUAAUAAGUAGAAUAUAUGUAAGAAAGUGAAUUAUAUGGUGUAAAAUAUCAUUAAAGAUAAAUGCUCAAAGGUAUGAGUUCUUAAAUGGAUACACAUAAAUAUUACGAUUAAUUGUUAGAUAAACAAACACAAGAUUAAAUUAAAUCAAAAUAACCUAAAAGUAAAUCUCAAUCUCCUUAAGCUUCUCCUGGUAAAAAUCUUGAAUAGGAUGAAAAAUUAUUUCCAAAACCAUUUUAUACUGAAUUAAGUAUAAGAGGUAUGGGAAAAGAAGUUAAUUGGGAAAAAUUGAAGGGAUAAUUAUAGACUGUUUAAAUGUAAUUAGCAGAUAUUACAAUUGUAAAGGAUAAACAAGGAAAAAUUAAACAGCAUAAAAUAAUAAUUAAAUAUUUUGAUCAAGGAAAUUUAUAAGGUGUUAAAUAAUGGGUUCUUACAUAAGGAGGUAGAAUAGUAGAAGAAAGAUUAUUGGAAUCGGAAGAAGAAUUUAAGAACAUAAUCAAAUUAAAAGAAGGUCCAAAGCAAAGACCAAUGAGAAUUGCUGAAGAAAAGGAAAAAUUAAAGUAAUAAAAAAAAAGACCAUAAAGUGCAGCACCAAUUUAAAAAUAAAAGAAAUGA